UUUUUUUUGGUCUUUGUAUAAAGCAAUAAUUAACAGCAUAUGCCAGAGCAAACCAAAGUACAGGAUACAAGAGGCUCUGAAAACACGGAAGAAUCUGUUCAAUUGACUGAAGAAACCCAUUCAGAACAACAACAACAACAAGCUGUUCCUGUGAAUGAGCAGUUGCCAGAGAAUGUUUCAACAUUAAAAGAAGCAUUCCCUGAUAUUGAUGUAGAUAUUAUUGAGGCCAUACUUCAAACACAGAAUGGUAAUGUCGAAUCAUCGUUUGAAGUACUAUUAGGCAUGUCUGAUCCCAACUACCAACCUACACCUCCUCCUAUGCCUCCACGACCUCAGACAAAUACUAAUGCACCUUAUACUUAUUAUGAACAACCACAAGCGACAACGUUAGAGGAACAGCUUCGGUUGGAUGAAGAGUUUGCCAAGAAAUUGGCUAUGGAAGAUGAAUUAAGAGCCAGACAACGUCGUCAACAACAACCUGCGAGACAAGACCAAGAAAGAAGUGAACAAGAUUCUAUUUUCAAUCUCCAAGAGGAAUUGCCAAUUAUAAAAGAAAAAGUAAAGGAAGCAGGCAAUGCUGCUAAACGAAAAGUACUUGAUCUCUAUAACCAAUUCAAAGCUUCCAGAAAUAACAACAGUUUUAAUUCAAAUCCAUCAGCUGGUGGGUCAUCAAUACCAACAACCAACGCUCACUACAAGGGAUUACCAAGUGAUGAUGGGGACGAUCUUUUGACGGGAGAUAUAUCAGCACUUCACUUGUCAGAUUAUGAUGUAUAUACAAAGACGAACAACAUCAUCAAAAGACAAAAUAGCGAAAAGAGUGAGUGAUAAUAAAAUAGAAUGCAAAGGAGUGACAGCUGACGUUUAUAGAUAAUGAUGUAAUUCAUGUACAUCCACCUGCAGGAAAUAUGUCUAUACACACUUCCACACCAGAUGAACAGCUUAGGGCAGACGAAGAUUUCGCUAGGCAACUUGCAGAACAAGAGGAGUUAGGUAAUAUUUACCUUGAU